AUGGGAUGCAGACAAUCUAAAGCAAAAGAACCUGUAACAGCACGCCAAAGUACUAUUGCGCGAAAAAACACAGAACAUGAAGAAAAGGAUAAUGCUCCAUUUGCAAUGAAAUCGGCGAAGAAUAUGUCAUUGGAUAUAAAGCCACCACCCGUUAAGGCAAUUCCAAAAAUUACCCCAAAACAUGCACAAAGAAAAGCAAGCUCAAAAAAAUUCACAUAA